AUGUGGCACCUGCGAGGUCUGGCUCAGAGGAGACGCUCGGCACCAAACCUAGUGCUGGGAAAGGCUUUGGGAAUGUCUUGGAGCCCAAUAAGGGAAGAAGCUCAGUGUCAGGUGGCGGUGGAGCAGUGUCCGUUUGUGCUGGGACUGACCAAUGAGGACUCAGAGCUGAUCCUGGAUGAAUGUGCUCAGCUGACUGAAGGCCUGAAGACCAGAGAAAGACACCUGUUCCUAAUCAGCGACGCACUGGUCAUCGCCAAACUCAAGUCAAAUGCAAGCUACAGACUGAAACACAGGGUUGAUUUAAAGGACCUGUGGGUGUGCGGCUUUGAAAAUGACGAGGAGGAGGAUGAAGAUACAGAUGUUGAUCUCAGGACAUCCAUUGUGUUGGCCUGGUCUGCCUGCCUGUGCCUGGUGGCUUUCCGGUGA